ACGAAGAAGAUUGAGUGACAAGUCUGACUUGACAGACUAAACGUCAGAAUAUAUUUUGUUUAGCAAAUUGCAAAUGGCGACGAAUACAAAAUUCGUCAAAAGUAAACAGGAAACAGUGAGAAAAAAUGCCUUACAUGCCACCCGCUAUGUUUUCCUAGUAUUUUAAUCUUUAUAUACAUCGCCUCUCCAAGGAAGAAAUCUCCUUAAAGGAUGGCUACCUCACAAGAAAUUGAGUCUGAUAUGGAGUGUUCUGAUAAUGAAGAUUGCUAUGAUUAUAAUGACUAUUAUAACAAUGAAGAUGCAGAUGUGGAGCAAGUAGAUCCUACUAAAGAUGACCCAGAAUAUUUUGAUUUUAAAUGUCUUUCUGAAGAAGAGGUCGAAAGACUUUUAAAUGAAACCGUUGAAGGCCUUAGCAACAAUCUUAUGAUAUUACCUUCCCUAGCUAAAGUUCUUUUACAUACUCAUUGCUGGAAUCCAACUGAAGUGGUACGUAAAUAUAAAGAAAAUCCUCAACAGACCCUUAUUUAUGCUAAAAUAGACCCUCCAGCUCUUCCUGAAAAUAUUAUUCUUACAUCUAACUAUAUGACCUGUCCUGUCUGUGUCACUUUACAAAAAAUGGAAAAAUUCAUUCACUUAUCAUGUGCUCAUAUGUUUUGUAAAGACUGCUGGAUCACCCAUUUUGAGGUACAGAUUAGUCAGGGCAUAUCAACAGGAAUUAGUUGUAUGGCUAGGGAUUGUGUAGUUCUUGCUCCAGAAGAUUUUGUGUUGCAACACCUCCAGCACAAAACGAGCAUUAGAGAAAAAUAUCAACAUUUUAUCUUUCAAGACUAUGUGAAGUCUCAUCCUCAACUUAGGUUUUGUCCUGGUCCUAACUGUUCAACUGUAAUACAUAGUAAUGAAAUAAAGGCCAAAAGAUCAAUGUGUGAUCAAUGUAAAACUGUAUUUUGUUUUAAAUGUGGUUGUGAUUAUCAUGCUCCAACUGACUGCCAAGUAAUAAAAAAGUGGCUUACAAAAUGUGCGGACGAUAGCGAAACAGCGAACUAUAUUAGUGCCCACACCAAAGAUUGCCCAAAGUGCCACAUAUGCAUAGAAAAAAAUGGUGGUUGCAACCACAUGCAAUGUUAUAGCUGCAAACACGAUUUUUGUUGGAUGUGUUUGGGAGAUUGGAAGUCACAUGGAUCUGAAUAUUAUGAGUGCUCAAGAUACAGAGAAAAUCCUAAUAUUGCACAUGAGUCAGUGCAUGCACAGGCACGAGAGGCCUUAAAGAAGUAUCUUCACUAUUAUGAGAGGUGGGAAAAUCAUUCAAAAUCACUUAAGCUGGAGGAACAAACCUUAGAUAAAUUGAGGUCUAGGAUUAAUCAGAAAGUUAUGUCUGGAUUGGGUACAUGGAUAGACUGGCAAUAUCUUUUCACGGCAGCCCACUUGCUGGCAAAAUGUCGUUACACUCUUCAAUACACAUAUCCAUUUGCAUACUAUAUGGAUGCAGGGCCAAGAAAAGAACUGUUUGAAUACCAACAAGCCCAGCUUGAAGCAGAGAUUGAAAAUUUAAGCUGGAAGAUCGAGCGGGCCGAAACGACUGAUCGGGGAGAAUUAGAAAAUCAAAUGGAUAUUGCGGAAAAGCGAAGAACAACGCUAUUGAAGGACUUUUUAGAUGUGUGAUAUCAUCCGCGUUGCGGCAGUUCGAGGAAGCAUUGCAAAAUAGGAAAUUUGCAGCUCAGUUUUUUUUAUAUACUAUUUUAUUGUCGACUGUGAUUUUUAUGAGAGAUCAUGCAAUUAUUGACCCUGGGUGUAUUGAUUUGUUUGGUUUGGGCUUGAGUCAAUUCUGAAUAUGAUUUGCUUUCAUUGGGGUAUGUGGUGCUAAUCUAUUUAAAAUCCCCGAAUUUCCUCUUUGAAUUUCUUUAAUCGGUUUUUACUUUAUCUUUAAUAGCGAUAGCACCAUAUAGGCCUGUGAUAUAUAAGUAAUUUCUUUCUCCCUAUACUUUAAGUGUUUGAUUUUAUUUAUAUUUUCCUUAGGAUGCAGUAUACUACUGUGGUUAAUUGACUUACGGUUGAUAUUUUGGCCGUUAUUUAUAGUUAUUUUGAGACAAAAAUGCAUCGUUUCGCUUCUAAAUGAAGUUCUUUUCUAGUCAUUAUAAUGCUUUUCUCUGAGGCUUAUUGUCAAGAAUAUUUUUAGAGACACUUUCAAAUUUAAAUUAAUUGUGCUGUAUAUUAGCAAUAAUUAAUGCAAUUUUCAUUCGUUGAAGUAGUUUCGUACACUGCCAUUGUAAUAUUCUAAAUCGUAAAACUACUUUAGACAAAUAUUUGAUUAACGUAUUCAAUGUUUGAACUUUAUUUGCUGUAAAAACAUUUCUUUAUCGACUUUAUACGUAAGGCAUGAAGCCUAUAUUAUACAUAUAGUAUUUGAUUACAUUUUCAUGUAAAACUAUUUUUUUGUUUUUAUUAUUCCAUAUGUGUAACUCUUGGGUUUACUUUAUGGACUAGAACAGACUCCAUUGAAAAAUAAUUUGUUAUUUGGUGCCUGUGCACGCUCCAAGAAAUAGUAUAUGCUAGCUAGUACUUUGUCGAAUUAUUAAAGUAGAACGGUAUUAUGAUAGGAAUAUUCUUUGAAUACUUGGGAAACUGUUUCUGACAACAUCGGAAAAUUUUGUAUUUUUAUUUUUUUAAAUUAUUAAUUGUUUAAUAUUCUUAAAGUAAAUAUAUUAAACAGUAUUUUCAAUCGGCAAGGUGUAUGGAGACUGUAUUUCUAGGAAUGUCUGUCUCAUAAUAAUUGUUUUUGAUAAAUUUUAGUAAGAAUUACAAAAAAAUCUGUUCGCGCUUAAGUGUACCCAUAAAGGCCACUAAUAUCUGUUAUUACCAUGUUAUAAAGUAGAUCCAAUUUUGAACACAUAGAAUUGAAAUUUAUUUAUUUAAUAAAAAUAUGACAAACAUAUUUUUAUAUAAAAAAUAAAUACAUGUAACAAAAUUGACAGCUUAUUUUCACUUUACGUUUAUUAACUUUAUGUUUCGAUAAAAAUCGUUUCAUCAAUUUUAAGAAAAUUAUCUCUGGCAGGUAUGUGAGCUAAGUUCUUUACAAAACAUUCACAUACCAUAAACUUUCAAUAACGAUUCCGUUCAUAAAAACAUCUUCAUUAUUGUCCGAAUAAUAGGGACACUUAAGCGAAAUUAGUUUUAUUAUAAACUACCUGUUGGCAUUGGCAUAUAUUGAUAAAAUUAUGCCAAUGCCAAUAGGCUUAGGACAUGCAGUGCUAUAAGAAUUGUGGCUUUUACAUUAUUAUAAACAAAAUUUGCUUCCAAUAUUCAUUUGAUAUGUAACGGUUAUUAUGUUUCUCACUUUUUUCUGUAAAGAUGUAUAAAAUCCGAUAAUCUAGCCUAAUAUAAUUUGAAAUAUGCUUGUAAGAAUAUAAAAAAUAGCUUGUGACACCCGCGUUAUAUUUUUAGAAUAAGGUUAUUUGAAUCGAAAAUUUAUGUCAGCAAUAACAGUACAUAUAUGCCAUAUUUGCUUUGAGAAAAUAGUUUUUAAUUCUGCAAUUUUAUAUUUUUAGUACUUAUAUAAAAAAAUCUACGUCAGGGAUCUAUGUGUAAGUAUGUUUAUAAUGCAAAUCAAGAAAUAGCGUAGUUAUAGCUUUAAGGAUAAAUUUGUCGUUUUGACAUCUUAAUAAGCGCUAUAAAUUACAUAUAAGAUUCCAAGGAUACAAGAGGGAAUAGGAUGAAUGCCCAAAAUUUCAUAUUUUUAUUUAAAAUCUGCAACUUAUAACUAUUAGAUUAACAGUAGUGUAUUUAAAACAAGGCCAAAUAUCAUUUAUUUUAAUGACAUCCCGGAAUUGAAUAUUGUCUAUAAGUACAACGAAUCUUAUCGUCUUUAAACUUGAAAUUCACCCUUUUCCCUCUGUAUUAUUAAUUUGAUAGUGAUAUGGUCUAAUAUCGAAAAAUUGUUUUAAUUCUAUAUUAAGUCCGCUGCUUUUUAUGCUCACUGGUCAAAUAUAUUUAACCUUUUAUUUAUCUAUUAGGUAAAGAAUACGUUUUUGGCCCAUUAUAAUAUUAAUGUACUUAUUGUUUUGACUGUACAGGAGGUUCAUUCACAAAAGCAUACGAAUGUACUUUCCUUGCAUGCGAAAAUUAGCUUUUUAACCUUUUUUAAAGUAGCUAACAAAUUAGAUUUACCUAUUUCUACUUUGUAUUGUUCCCAAAUCUAAACGAACAUCCUGUACAUCUUUACAUUAUAUUUAAUUUAUUAAAAACGCGCGGUACCUUAUAAGAAACAUGCUGAAGAAUGCCAAAUAUACCAUUUGUAAUAUUUUUUAGAAUAGGAUUAUUAAGAAAAAUUGAAUUAAAUAUUGUUCAGAUUUUAUAGAACCCUAAUUACUUACUAUAUUUAGAAUUUAGUAUAUUUGUAUUGUUGUAUACAUUCAGCAAUAUUUAAAGUUAGCAGUGUGUCUAAUUCUUAAACUUGCAAUUAUACAACAAACAAGAACUAAACAAGCUUUUUAUAAUUUUCUAAAUAAAACAUAAAACAUAUAAGUUUUUAUAUGUGUUAGAUGUUUUAUUUUUCUCAAUUGUGUUUCAUACAAUUUGAUAAUAUAAUCGGCGUACUAACGUGAAAUAUUGCUUAGUGUAUAUUCAAAUGUAGUUUAAUUAAGUGGCUUAUUUGAUGUUUG